AUGGAACGAAACACUGCUGGCAAUCCGGACACAAACCACCUCCCGCACAGUCUAACGAGUGGAACAAAUUUGCUCCCGCCGAACGACAAGCACAAAGGGAACCUUGCCUCGAACCCGUUCCGUUGUAACUGUCAUCUGGGUUGGUUCUCAGAUUGGCUCCGCAAGAAGCAACUUGGUGGACCUCCGGCACGUUGUGCCUCGCCGGCCAAGGUUCGCGACGUCCCCGUUAAGUUUGCCCAUUUCGAGUUCAAGUGCACCUCCGAAGCGGAUCAGGGAUGCCUCGGGGAAGGCUAUUGUCCACCAUCGUGCACCUGUACCGGAACGGUGGUACGCUGCUCGCGAAACAAACUGAAAGAAAUCCCCAAAUCUAUUCCGUCCGAAACGACCGAACUGUAUUUGGAAUCGAACGAAAUCUCAAUGGUGCAUACGAAUCGAAUCAGUCAUCUGAAGUCACUGACGCGAUUGGACCUGAGUAACAACAAGAUAGGAAUCCUCUCAAACCACACAUUUGCCAAUCUGAGCCGACUUUCGACGCUCAUCAUCAGUUAUAACAACCUUCAAUGCAUUCAGCAAUAUGCUCUCGCAGGACUGAAACACUUGAAGGUACUCUCUUUGCAUGGAAACCACAUCUCUAUGAUUCCUGAUGGCACCUUUGCGGAUCUCCAAUCGAUCACCCAUAUCAAUCCUCUCUACUGUGACUGUUCCCUGAAAUGGCUAUCGGAAUGGGUAAAACGAGAUUAUGUUGAACCAGGAAUCGCACGUUGUGCUGAACCGGAACUGAUGAAGGACAAACUCAUCCUGUCCACACCGGCGAGUCAGUUCGUGUGCAAAGGGAAGGUUAGCAACGAGAUUCUAUCAAAGUGCGACGCUUGCUACAUUCCAUGCAAGAACAACGCGGUCUGCAAGCCGCUACCCGAGCGUCAAUACGAGUGCCAGUGUCCCCCGGGUUAUCACAGAGCUCACUGCGAAUUUAUGAUCGAUGCCUGCUAUGGCAAUCCAUGCAGAAAUAAUGGAACGUGCACGGUUCUGGAGGAGGGACGGUUCAGCUGUCAGUGCGUAUCUGGCUUUUCUGGUGCCAGAUGUGAAAUCAACAUCGAUGACUGCACCGGCCACAAAUGCCAGAAUAAUGCCACAUGCGUGGACGGUGUUAACUCAUACAGUUGUUCCUGUGUUCCGGGUUACACUGGCCAGUUCUGCGACUCAAAGAUUGAGUUUUGCGGGAAGGAUUUCAACCCAUGCCAGAAUGGCGCCAAAUGCGUCGACCAUUCAACUCACUACAGCUGUGAAUGUGUACCGGGAUAUCGAGGUCUUAAUUGUUCGGAAAAUAUUGACGAUUGCGUCAAUCACAUGUGCCAGAAUGGAGGCACCUGUGUCGAUGGUAUCAAUGACUACUUUUUGCAAAUGCCCUCUGAGUUUACUGGAAAGUUCUGCGAAGGAACUCCGAUGGUGGCCAUGCUCUAUCCUCAGACGUCACCUUGUCAACAACACGAAUGCAAAUUUGGUGUUUUCCCAGGCUAUUCCGGAAAACGGUGCGAGUAUCUGACCAGUUUGACAUUCCUCCAUAAUAAUUCAUUCGUAGAAUUGGAGCCGCUACGCACAAAACCAGAGGCGAAUGUGACUAUCGUCUUCAGUAGUACCCAACAGAACGGAGUGUUGAUGUAUGACGGUAACAAUGACCACUUGGCAGUUGAGUUGUUCAACGGUAGAAUAAGAGUCAGUUACGACGUCGGAAACUAUCCCGUUUCCACGAUGUAUAGCUUCGAGAUGGUAGCCGAUGGGAAAUAUCACAUGGUAGAGCUGUUAGCUAUCAAGAAGAACUUUACGCUUCGUGUGGAUCGAGGUUUAGCUCGAUCGAUUAUCAACGAGGGAUCGAAGGAAUAUCUCAAGCUGACGACUCCCAUGUUCCUCGGAGGACUAUCGCCGGAACCAGGCCAGCAAGCUUACAAGUUGUGGCAUCUCCGGAAUCUAACCAGCUUCAAGGGAUGCAUGAAGGAGGUUUGGAUCAAUCACAAACAAGUCGAUUUUCUGAAUGCCGCUCGCCAGCAAAAGGUAACACCGGGCUGCGCUUUGCUCGAUGCCGAGAAUGACGGUGAAAUGGAGGAGGAUUUCAUGCAGGAGACGCCGAUGAUUCUGAAGGAGGUGGAUCCAUGCGACAAUCACCAGUGUAAGAGAGGCGGCAAAUGCAUACCGAACGGUCGAGGCGGCUACUCGUGCAAAUGUAAAAACGGGGCCAAGGGCAAAUUCUGCGACCAAGCGGGAUCGUCCACGUGUCGGAAGGAGCAAGUCAGAGAGUACUACACCGAAAACGACUGCCGCUCCAGGCAACCACUCAAGUACGCAAAAUGCAUCGGCGGAUGCGGAAAUCAGUGCUGCGCCGCCAAAGUCGUACGACGGAGAAAAGUACGCAUGGUGUGCAGCAACAAUACCAAAUACAUUAAGCACCUGGACAUCGUGCGCAAAUGCCAUUCAGUGCAAGUAGCAGCAUUCGAUAGUGUAGGAUUAGAAUCAACUAGGUUAGGCGAUAGAGUAAGCAGAAACGUUAGUUCUAGUGAGAAAUGGGUCAAUUUCGAGACCGACUUUGAUGAGGACGAGAUGAUGCAGAAUGACGAUGCGGGGGUGGUGGGUGAAACGACGCUGGACGAAACCAGCGAACCGAUGGAUGACUUCCAGAAGAUUAUGAAGCAACUGCAACAGUUGCAGACGAAGCCGUUAUUUACGCAAGAGGAAGACGAAGAAGUCAAAGAAGACGAUGAUCUUUUCGAUGAUGAGGAAAAUUAUGAAGACAUCCAUUCUUUGAUCCAAAAGCAAAAGCUAAACGAUGAGGAUAGCAAAAAGAAAGUGUUUGACGAUGAAGACGAUGACUAUUAUGAUGACUACAGCGAUGAAGAGUUCGAUGGAAAGAAAAGUGAGCAGAAACCAUCAGUAAGUUCGUCAUCGGACGGUAAAAUGUGA